GUACCUUGUCGUACUCAGGCAGAGCGAGGCGGAGCCGGUAAAAAAAAAAACUGAACUGUUGAAUUUUUAUUGGAUAAAUUGUGUUGGGCUGCGUCUCUCAUUGGAUAGAGUUCCACCCUGUCGUCUUCCUUGAGAAAUGGCUACCGCGGAAGUCGAAAAGCAACGAGGGCGGUAUGCCGCUCUCUCCAUUGCCGCAAUGGUGAUAGCAGUGGGAAUUCCACUUUGGUGGAAGACUACUGAGACCUACCGUGCAUGGCUUCCCUAUUCGCAGAUCAGUGAGCUGGACUCCAUGAAUCUCCAGCUUAGUGUGGAGGUGGAAGUGGUGUUCUCCAGGGGGACCCUGACUCCUGAGCAGCAGAAGAAGAUUCCUCUGACCCAGGCCCGGGAGCAGGAGCACCAGGUGCAUGCAAACACACGCCUGAAGUACAGGUACGAGACCAAGUACCGCACAGCCACUGUCAUGGAAGAAGAUGCUCUGGGCCAGCCCACAGCUCAGGAGGCUGACCUGGCUCUCCACAGACUGAGUGAGAGCCCAUGUGGCUCAGUGGUGGUGUAUGUGAUCCCAGAAUCCUCCGCGCUAUUGUCAGAGGGUGUCAGAGUGUACGUAGGCCAGCGCCGGACGGCCCUGCUGCGAGGGCAGUCGGGAAUGGCCGGGGGUCUGAAAGAGGUUUUGGGCGCCCUGGGCCCCCAGAUUGAGCAGGUGGUCCAGACCAUGUCCUUCAGCCACAGUGACAUCACGGCUGCGCUUAGCGACCGGGUCAGGGGCAGCAGGCUGAGCAGGGAUGGGCUGGCCGACAGCAUGAGAGCAUUCAAGUCCAGUCCAGGUUAUGAGAUCACCUUCAGCCUCUUGAACCCAGACCCAAAGUCCCACCGGCUGCAGUGGGACAUCGAGGGAGCAGUGCGCAGCUACAUACAGCCUCUGCUGGACAAGCUGGCCCCUGUCGCCAAUUUCUCAGUAGAUUCACAGAUCCUGUACUACGCGGUCCUGGGGGUGAACCCGCGUUUUGACAACGGCGUUUCAGCGUACACUCUGAGCGCAGACAGCCUUGCACACGUCAUCAACCCUGUGGAAGCCAGGCUCGGGUCCAACGCAGCCUCCUCAAACCCUGUGCUGAACUUCCUUUUGUACGUGCCUGAUGCUCAACACUCUCCACUCUUCAUCCGGAACCACAAUAAACACACGGUGCCCACCAAUGCCUUCCAUAGUCCCCGAUGGGGUGGCAUCAUGGUGUACAACGUGAAUGACCACUAUGGACCAGAUGCCCAGUUCCCCGUCACCAUUAACAUCGACAUGGCGCGUGUGAUGGGCGUCUUCCUGGCCCAAUUACGGCUCAUGCUGGGGGUACAGCAGACCCGGCCUCCCCCCGGCUUCGCUCUCCAGAGCCCGGGGAGCGCAGGGCUGACGGACUGGGAGCUGGACCGCCUGCUCUGGAGCCGCAGCGUGGAGAACAUAGCCACGGCCAGCACCACCAUCACCUCCCUGGCCCAGCUGCUGGACCAGAUCGGCAACAUCGUCAUCAACGACAACAUCGCCCAGCAAGUAUACAGCGCUGUGACAUCACUGCAGGCUGCGGUGGCGGAGCUGGAGGCGGGAAACCUGGCCUUCGCGCUGCAGUACAGCCGCGAGGCCAUCCUGGCGUCCGAGAGGGCCUUCUUCGACCCUUCCCUCCUGCACUUGCUGUACUUCCCCGACGACCAGAAGUUUGCCAUCUACAUCCCCCUCUUCCUGCCCAUGUGCGUCCCCAUCCUGCUCUCCCUGCUGAACAUGGCUGGGGAACUCCAGCAGAGACGCUCAGAGCAGCGCGCCAAGAGAGACUGAGAUGCGCUGCUGCGGGCACGUGCGCUCCUGACAACAUACGCACAAACUCUGACCAAACAAAUGCCCUCUGACAACACACAAACGCUAAUGCACAUACAAACACCUACAAAUGAACGCAUGCAGGCUGCAGGGUAGCUCAUCCUGUUGAGGCACUGUCGUAGUGCGUGGGUGGGUCUGUUAUCAAAUCCGGACCGUGCUAAUUGGCUGAUGCCCCCCACUAAGGCUACAUGCGAUUGGCUCCAGCGCUGUCCAGAGAUGGGAGGGUUAGAGUCAGCUGGGAUGAUGGCACCUCAUAGUGCACCAGUGAUUUCUGCUGGUUAAUCACUGUGGUGUGAUGAGUGAAUACUCAUUGCAUUACAUUUCAGAAUUUAGCAGACCCACUUAUAGAAAUACGUCUGGUGUCACAUGCUUUGAUGGAGGCAAGUGCUGAUAAACACAAUGGGGUAUUCCAAAUUGGGAAGGGGGCAGGGGGCAGGGGGCAUUAAAAAAAAUGAACACACAUAUGUGUGGAGUCUGCAUGAGUGCAGACCUUGCAACCACGAGUCAAAAUUUGAAAAUUCACCAGGUUGUGCUUUUUGUUCAUUGCUUUUUCGCUAUAUUGUAUUUAUUUGUAACCGUUUUAACACUGGACUCCUGUUUUUGUUCUGUUUUUCUGAAGUCAUGAAUCUGGACAAAUAAGUGAUCUGUCAAACAAAAUAA